AUGGAAGCUAAAACUGCACUGAAGAAAAGUCCAGCUACCCAAUGUGCUGCACAUCUUAAGGGAGCUUUGCGACCAACGAUAUUUCAACAACCACCUUUUGCAAUAACACCAAGUAGCGAUGUCAAAAACUUGAGUCGAAAAUCCUAUCUUAGGUAUUAUUUAAACUAUAAGAGAAGUGGAAGACUUGAGAGUAUGAUGUGCUACAAUAAUGGUGAAUGGUUGGAAUACCCAGAAUAUGUUGUUGACUUGGUUAACAAAGAUUUUGAAAUGAAAAAGGUGGACUUGAGAACUAGUCUCCAACAACCCAUUGCUUGGAUUGAUGAGGAAGGCAAAUGCUUUUUCCCUGAAGUAUAUGCUACUUCGGAUGAAGAAUCCUAUAAUUUAUGCAAAUAUGAGGGUAUGAAAUUAUACAUUCAAAUCAAAGUGAAGGGGGUUACUGAAUCCAACUUGAGUGAGUUUGGGGAGCCCAAUGCUUUAGUUAAGUAUACUCGAGUGAAAGUUGGAAAUAGGAAAAAUAAAAUGGAUUGUGACUAUGUUGGUGAAGCUUUUGAGAAAAAUCAAGAGUUACUUUUUGCUUCUUGUGCUGAAUGUGUACAUGAAAAAAUAGAUCUACAUUAUGUACAAGAGUUGUUUCGUAAUGGAAUGAGUAGUUUUGGCAGUACUGAUUUUGAGAUAGUUGAGACAUACCGCUGCUCAGGUUCAUCAAUGCCUGCGCGAUUUGAGCUAUUCCGGAUGCAAGCUAAGAUUAUAAAAGAAUUACAUGGGGAUGCUAAUGUUCGAUAUGCUUGGCUUCCUUUUAAUAAAGGAGAAUUAUCUAAAAUGAUGGAGUAUGGGCUUGGGCAUUGUCCACUACGUGCAACCAAAUGCUCAUACGGAAUUGGUGUUCAUCUUGCAGCUGUUACUUGCCCUUAUGCCAGUGCUCGCUAUUAUGAUACUGAUGAAAAUGGUGUUCGACACUUGGUCCUUUGUCGUGUAAUAAUGGGGAAGAUGGAGCUUCUUCAACCUUGCACUAGCACGAGCACCAACAAUGGUCAGUUUCAACCCAACAACUUUAAAUAUGAUAAUGGGGUGGAUGACAUUCAAUGUCCAAGAAACUACACAGUAUGGAAUGUGAAUAUAAACACCCACAUCUACCCUGAAUUUGUUGUUAGUUUUAAGGUCUCCGGUGAUCUUGAAGGCCAUUUUUGUGGAAAUGUGGGAGAGAAUAAUGUUUAUAGGGCUAAUUCUUUUGGGGUCAAUUCAUCUAGUCAUGGUUCUGGUGGCUUGUUACAAUCACCCUCUAUAGUGGAUAAUGGAAUAGCAUCAAAUGGGAUUGUUAGCAUCCAAAAAAUUCCGAAAUCUUCUUGGCUGCCUUUUUCAAUGCUUAUAGCUGCUAUCACUGACAAGGUUACUCCUAGUGAUAUAAGUCUUAUAAAUGCACAUUAUGAAUUCUACAAGGCACAACUGAUUUCCCGUGGUGAUUUUGUAAAGGAGCUAAGGUUGAUAGUUGGAGACCCUCUAUUAAGAGCUACAAUAGAAAGUUUUCAAUUCCGGAUUCCAUCAAAUGGUGAUUUGGAAGGCUUGAACCUGAAUGAAGGUUGA